UUUAUAGUCAACUCUGCAUCUAUCGCUAGCACAAGGAAGAUCAAUGUUAAUAACUUAGUGGUGGUUGAACGCCCCCACAUGAAUUAGAAAUUUAUUACAACAAAACUUUUUUUAAGUCAAUGUUUUGAAAUUUGGAGAGGACGACCGAGUCCACAGAGCCAAAAUGCACCCAUCUCGUGCUGAAGCAUCAUCACAACCCUGCUUUAAUGGUUGUUUCCCGUCUCCAAUUCUUGCUUCUGAGAGGUACCAUAGUGCUACUUCCAAGCCUAGAGUCAACAACGUAGCUUCAUCAAACGAUGGGUUCGCCGCAGCCACAUCUUCCACCCUUCCACACACACAUUUCACAAACCACGAGUCCCUUCCAAAUGUGCACGAUUCAUACACCAGCUUCACCAAGGCAUUCCCUCAAUUUUCCACAACUUCUGAAGUGGAUCAAAUUCGAGCCCAAGAAUACCAUCACUUGAACCACUCCAACACGGGCUUCGAUUACACGGGAUAUGGCCUUUUCUCCUAUGCUCAGCAACAAAGAUGUUCCCCCGCGAUUGCUUCUUCUUCUUCUUCAUCAUCAUCAUCAUUGCCCUGCUUAACAUCCGACGCAUCCUUCUUUGAUGUGUCCUACAAGUCGGUGAGCUUGCAGUCACAGGCUCUCUACGGUGGGCACGAGUCAGAACUAGAAUCAAGAAUGAGAAAGAGAAUCAUGUCGUUCAUGAAUGUCUCAGAAGCUGAAUACACCCUUGUUUUCAUUGCUAACGAGGUAUCUGCCUUUAAAAUUGUAGCUGAUUCUUUCCAAUUUCAAUCCAAAGGACAGAUCCUCACAGUGUAUGACCAUAGCAGCGAGGCACUGGAUGUGAUGAUUGAGAGUUGCAAGAAGCAAGGGGUGCAUGUCUUGUCAGCAGAAUUCACCUGGCCUAGUCUGAGACUCGAGUGGAGGAAACUAAAGAAGAUGAUAAUGAACAAAAGGGCAAAGAGAAAGAAUGGUCUAUUUGUUUUUCCACUUCAUUCAAGGGUAACAGGAGCACCAUAUUCCUAUGUUUGGAUGUCCAUGGCACAGGAAAAUGGGUGGCGCGUCUUGCUUGAUGUGUGCGCAUUGAAACCUAAGGAAAUGGGAACCUUGGGUAUGUCUCUUUUUAAGCCUGAUUUCAUGGUUUGUUCGUUUUACAAAGUCUUCGGAGAAAACCCAUCAGGUUUUGGGUGCUUGUUUGUGAAAAAAUCUAGUGUCUCUUCUUUGAAAGAUCCGGGGAACGCUACAAGCAUAGGAAUCAUAACCCUUAUCCCAGCGUUUAGACAAUCUCAUCAUGACACUGAAGACGUAGUAACUGAAACUGAAACGGAACAGGAAGUGUUUGCAAAGCUAGAUGGGGCAUCAUCAACAUCAGAAAUUGAGGAGUUGAGCAUAUCCUUUGACUCAUCUAAAGAUAGAAACAUAUUAGGUAGUACUAAAAAUGAAGGCUUAGAGAUUGAUUGUAGGGGAUUAGACCAUGCAGACUCGGUGGGGUUAUUAGUGAUUAAUAGCAGAACCAAGUAUUUGGUUAAUUGGUUGGUUAAUGCAUUAAUGAGUCUUAAGCAUCCACAUCAUGAAAAUAGGCUUUCGCUAAUUAGGAUUUAUGGACCCAAGGUAAGUUCUUUUCGUGGACCCGCCAUUGCAUUUAAUAUAUUUGACUGGAAGGGAGAAAAAGUUGAUCCCGCGCUUGUGCAGAAGCUUGCUGAUAGGAACAACAUCUCUUUAAGUAGCUCGUUUUUGAGAAAUUUAAGGUUCUCAGACAAGAAUGAAGAGGAAACUCAUUGGGCCUUAGAAACAAGAGCGUCUGAGGUUCAAGGGUUGGGCCUGUCCAAGAAGACACGUAGGGAAGAGUCUGGGAUUUUUGUCGUCACAGCUGCACUGGGCCUCGUGACAAACUUCGAAGAUGUUUACCGAUUAUGGGCUUUCCUUUCGAGGUUCCUGGAUGCAGAUUUUGUGGAGAAAGAGAAAUGGAGGUACAUGGCUCUAAAUCAAAACACUAUCGAAGUAUGAAUGCGUAGCUUACUUUUUCUUUUUUUUUUUUCUCUUUGUUAUUUUUCUAGUUAAUUACCAUUUUUAUGGUUACAUUAUUUUUUAAUUAUGUUGAGCAUAUGAAGAUUUGUACCGAGGUUUUGUUUAAUAAAUCUCUCUCUACAUUCGCUUUGGAAAACACAGAAUUUUUAAGAUC